AUGGAGAAGCACGUAGAGAAAUUCCUAAAGAAGAUCUCUUUCGCAUCAAUAACCAUAGCCACACUAACCCUUCUCCUCCUCUACCUCCAGACACCCGAUACCUGCUUCGACCCUUCCGACCCGGAUCCGAAACCCCAUACCCGUUUCCCCAAAUCCACCUGCGACUUCACCCACCGCACCUACACCUCCAUCGACAAGCGCAACCGCCGCCUCUGGUCCACCAAGGCCUGGACCACCACCCUCUCCUCCUACUCCUCUCUCUUCAAAACCCUCCAGGCCCGAAACUACUUCUCUAACCAUUCCCGUGUCCUCAUCGUCUCUGCCGGGCCGGGCCAGCCCGUUCAGGCCCUGACUGGACUGGGUGUUGAUGACGUCACCGCGGUUGAGCUUGUGGAUUCCCCUCCCCUUGUCAGCCGAGCCGAUCCGCAUAACUUGCCUUUCUUUGAUGGGAUUUUCGAUCUCGGGUUCGGCGUGUACUUGGAUCGGGCCCUUUUUCCGGGCCGGUACGUGGGCCAGAUUGAGAGAACGGUGAGGGUUGGUGGGGUUUGUGUGGUCACCGUGGAGGAGUGUGGGAGUGAUGAAGUCGAUGAAAUCGUUAAAUUGUUUAAGAAAUCUCGAUUUGUUGAUUCGAAGAAUGUGCUCUUGGCUGGGGAGAGAAGGACUAGGAUUGUUAUGAUUGUCGAGAAUAACUCGUAA